ACCUACCAUUGUUGGCUACUUAUCUACUUUGUAAGAUCGUUGAAUUUGGAAGCUAUUUCAUUGUAUAGGUGAGUAUUUUGAGACUUUUCUAAAUAAUAUUUGUUGUUCAAGUACAGCAAAAAAAAAAUCUCCACUAUACAGUAGGAGGAUAGGAAGAUGAUAUCGUAAGAAAACUAUUGAAAUGAAAAAAUGUAAUAUACCAUUACCGGAAGUUGGCAACAAAUUCUAAAACUUAGCCAUAAAAUAGUGCAUGCAUGUCUUAAUUCGAUGAAUAAAUUUGACACUUCAUGGGUAUUGUAAUUUCAAAGUUAAACUCAGUGUCGAGUUGAUAUUAAAAACUACCUCCUCGGAAUUUCACAUGAUUGAGCUGAAAUAAUUACUAACUGUACUAACUAAUUAAUUAAGCUGAUACACUGAAACUACUAGCUAUGUUUUAUAGCGACGGCUUAAGGUUGCCCUUGCAUGGUUGUCGUUUGCUCAGUAUAAUUUUCUGGGAAGUUAGGAACUAUAGGUUUACCAGGAAAAUUGCCUAUUUUGAAUUGUUUCAACAACAACCUUAACCGCAUAAUUUGCAUUGCUAGGUUUCUUCUUAACUAUAGUAAUCCUUAAUAUAUCAUAGCAUCAUAUACUAGUCCAUCACGAACGAAGAAAGGCAUAUAUAGGAAUGUGUAUUUAACGAAUUUUUCUGCUACAGUUUUUGGUUUCAUUUUCGUUCAAAUUCAAAGGGGUAUUAUUAUGACACAGUGGGAGAUAAGUAUUAUUUUCAUAACCAAUGAUGAAAAGCCAGCAAAAUGUUGUUAGAAGACAAUAAAGAGGAUUUUUAUUUUUAACUAAAUUGGAUUUUUAUUUCCUGAAAGCAUCAGUUAAAGGAGUAAUCAUGCUAACACUUGAUAGCGAUAUACUAUACCAGUUCUGAUCUAGAGUAAUCUUCAAAAGUUGUGUGCUUAACUUAACACACCAUACAUGUUUAAUUCCCAGAUGGGUGCUGGCAGCUCUACAAGGUCCAGUUCGUCAAGCUCCAGCUCUUCAAGUUCCGACAAUUCCGGCCGUGACAGCAAGAAAGAUGAAGACUCUGAUAAUGACUGUGCAACAAUGUUAUUAGUUUGUUUUUGUUGUUGCUGUGGUUGCAGUUAAUCCACAUUUAUAUUCAGGCUUUCUAUGAUGCUAUAUCAGUAAGAAUUAAUAAUGCUAAUAAUUAAUGUAAAUUCCAUAACUUAAGACAUAAAGCAAAUUCUCAAAGAAAGUGAAAAAUGCUCUUCAGAUGAAAACAUGUAAAAUUUUGAAAAUACAAUAUAUCAAAUAUUUUCAAUUAUAGAUGCGCAACAGCAAUAUCAACCUCCGUCGCAGGGUCUUUCCACCUUCAGCAAUAUCAGUUAGCGCUAAUAAGGCAACUUUAGCCCAUUUCUCGUCAGACACAUUAUAGGUUGCCUCUUUAUAUAAAAUACGUUUGUUUUUAUUAUAAUUCCAUUCCUAAAUCGUUUCAUGAGAACACUCUAACUAGUUCUUGCUGUUUUAACGCACUUGCAUCGCAUCCGACUUCUUUCUUGAACUUCUUCUGACCAUUUUCACAUACUUCCUGCAUGUGACGUACAACUGUUCCGUCAAUCGAGAGAGCAGAGGGUAGCUGGCGGAAGGUGAGACGGAUCCAAACUAACAUCUGUGUACAUGCAAGAUUAAGUACUAAUUACCCAUUAUGAAUAUAGCGCCGCUGCUUGCAGUUCCGACACGAAUUACACAGCUAAAAACGAUCAGGUUGUUGCAAUAUUAAUGAAAACAAGAUUGAACAAUGUCGUGGGCCCACAUUGUUCACAGUUGUCAACAAUGUUGAACAACAUUGUUACACCCGAUUCAGGCUCAACAAUAUUGUUCAAUAUUCUUGACAAGUGUGAACAAUGUGGGCCGCACAACAUUGUUCAAUCCUGUUAAACUGCAGGCUUAUAAUUUUUACGCGUGUAGUUGCUUCCUACUUAUCAUGACCAGCCUCGUACCCGUAACGUAGUGCAGAGCGCAGUUUGUACAGAGAUGCCUGGGUACGAGGCUGUAUCAUGGCAGUUACAUUUUGCAAGGAACAUAUAAUAUAUAUUGAAAUUGAUCUACUUUGAAACAAUCUCUGAAUAGUCUACAUAAAAUUAUUAAUAUAAUUCGUGUGAUCCUCAAACUCACAAAUAUUUGUUCAAAUUAUAAUAGUAAUAAUAAUUUAUUCAUUUAAAUAUAGCCGUAGAGUGCAUAUAAUUAUAGUUUAUAUAAGAGGCAAUUUUUUUCAAUGUCACGUAUUAAUUAAUUUGCAAUGAAAAGUGUUCAAAAUAACUUUGUUUUAACUUUAUUCUCUAGUUCAUAGAGUUAGCUGCCUUUUUAAAUGCAUCUAUCGGUUGAGAUAAAAAUAGUUAAAAAUAAUAGUUAAAAAUUGUCAAUUAAAAAGAAUUAUCAAUGAUGCUUUAAAAUUGACGCCAUAUUUAUACAGCCAUAUAAGCAAAACUUACUGAACUUCAGACAUCAUUUUCUCUUUGGCGUACCAUCUAAAAUCUCUUCAUUUUAGUAUUAUUUUACAGAUAAAGCACUAAACAUACUUUUUUAAUAUUAAGUUUGUUUGCCGAUUGAGAAACGUAUCGAAAAAUAAAAAUUUUGAAUUUAGUCAUUACUUCAAGAGAUACAUAAUAGGCAUUAGUUUUGAGCGCGUGUUAAGUAACAUACAAAAAAAAUUCCUCUUACAAAUACUCAUUCAAAGCGCCGUACAUUGUAAAAACCUAGAAAUAUACAUCUAGUGGGAAACAGAAUCAGCAUUAAGUAUAUAUAUAUAACUAACAACUGACGCUAAAAUAUAGACUAGUGAGUAUAUAUCUACGAUAAGAAUGAUAAAAUCCUUUGUGGUCUUUAAUUAAUAUACACUACAAAAGGUUAAAAUUCUUACUAAAAAGGAAUGUUUUCAAACGUUUCUUGAAGACUGAAUCAGAGUUCAGAGGCAGAGAAUUCCACAAUUGUGGAGCCGCAUGUGUAAAUGGCCGAUCACCUAUUCAUUUGGGUAUUGCAGUUUCGGGAUGUGUAGCAGUCCUUGAUCAUCCGAUCUGUGAUCGCUUGAUGGUUUUGGGAGAAAUGUAAAUAUGGGGCAAAUCCAUCAAUUUUGUCUGUAAAAUAUUAGAAAGACUCUUUCUCAUCUUGUCCACUACAACUUCUUUUCAAUGUCUGCUGGUUCCAAUCCGACCAAUCGUAUAUUACCUAUUUGCAUUCAUUGGACAUCGAUCCGGCUAGCCGUUAUACAAACUAAUCCUUCGCGUAAAACGAGUAACACGAGUUGAAAUUGCUCUGUUUAGUAUAUUCAGUAUGGCAUGAUUUGUUUAGAAUUCAAAACGUUGCACGUAUUUCAAUAAUUGAUGAGCAGUCAUCUAUAUCCCACCUGUGGUUCGCGAGCAAUUAACUAGUUUGUAUUAAGAAACUGAUGUAUUAACUCAUUCUGUUUGAUCUGAAUUCAUUGAAUAUUGGCUCUUUAAGUGACAAUAAUUUGAUCUACCGUUGUUGGCUACUAGUGUACUUUGCUAGUUUAGAAUAAGAUUGUUUAAUUUGAAAGCUAUUUCAAUGUGCAGGUGAGUGAUUUUGAAAUAUUUCAAAACAAUUAAAAUUUGUCGUUCAGUACUGAUAGCUCUAUAGGAGGUUAUGAGGAUGAUAUCAUAAGAAUUAUUGAAAGUUUGAAACGAUAUAAUCAGGGCGCUUGGACAUAAUAUACUAUCAAUAUAUAAACAGAAGUUGGUAACACAUUCUAAAACUUAUAGCCGUACUGAUAGUACAUAUCUUAAUUCGAUCACAUAAUUCGCCACUUAGUAUUGUGAUUUUAAAUUAAGCCCAUGAUGAGUAUCUAAGUCGUCGAGAGUUACUGAAAAUCUCCGCGGAAUGGCUAUCAGUAUGCCGACAAAUUGAACUGCAUGUAAUCAUUGUAGUAGCUAACUGUUCUACUACACUACUUACACUGUAUUUAUUUAGCAAUGGCUUAACGUCAGUUCUUGCAUGGUUGUUGUUUGUUCAGGAAAAUUUGAAUUUUUUCAAUAACAAUAAAUGAUAGCUUUGCUUUGAUACAUAGUUUUUCUUAAUAAUUAGUAAUUCAAUCUUAAUAUAUAUAUGAGCUUCCACCAUAGCAUUUUAACGGACCAAUUCGCGGAGUUUCAAUUGCGCAUCCACGCAAUGUGUUCUGCGCUGAGAACAAUCUAGUUGCAGUUGAACUAACAUAGCUGAGACUGGCAAAAUUAGAAUACGCAUAUAUCAGAGUAUAUUGACAUGAACCGUGUUUAAUCAUCAUUUGAAUAUGCCAACAGUUGCGCAAAGAACAAUUAGCUUCAGCACAAUUAGUCUUAGCUUUAAAUUACAAAUUAAAUAAUAAUCUCUUAGCUUUAUAUAGAUGUGCCUCGCUCUCUUUAUUUUGCCUUACACAGUAGGCAAAAUAUGCUAGGUAUAUAUACAAUAUAUGCUAGGUAUAUAUACUUUGAUUAUUAUGUAUUUAUUUAUUUAUUUAUUAACUUUGAUAUGUAUGUUCCUCCAGUUCAGCUACAUGUUAUGAUUCAACUGCAUGCAAGUUGUUCCUCGUACAGAACACGAGGCCACACGCGAAGUCACUAGCUAGGCCAUCAUAUAUCAGUUUCUAAUCGUUGUCCAAAAGUUGCAUAUAGUCCUAUAGAUGACGCUAGUUGACGAAAAUUAUUGCUGCACUAGUUGACGAAUUUUUCUACCACGUUUUGGUUAACAUUUUCAUAGUCAAACAUCAAAAGCCAGAAAAAAUGUUGUUAGAAGACAAUAAGGGGAAACUGAAUUAGCCUCAAGAUGACGAAUAUCCGCCAUUUUUGGAUGGCAUCGAAUUCUCGUUAACCAGUGCAGACAAUUAAAACAAUGUGAAAAGUAAUUUUUCAAAAUAAACUAACCAUUUACAAACCAAAUUUACCAUCGUUCGUCCAAAAAAUUAUAAAAAGUCGCUGUUAUGUGGACUUAUCUCGCAGACUUCGGCUGAAAACUAAAAAGCCACCCAAACAUGGCGGCGUGAGAAAGCCUAAUUGGAUAAUCUGAAUUAUUAUAAUAGAAAGCGAUAGUAUUUAGCUAAGCGAGAAAACAAAUUUCAUUGUUUUUAAAAAUACCCAUUGUAAAUUUUUCGAUUCCGAUUUCAAAAUAAUCUUCAAAAGUUGUGUGGUUAUAAAGCACUACAUUAGCUUCGCUCGUUUUUUCCCGUCAUUUAUUCAAAAAUCCUCAUGCCUUCCAUAAAAUAAAGCGACUGCUACGCAGACUAGCAUUACAUGAAUGUUUAAUUCCUAUAGAUGGGUGCUGCCAGCUCUACGAGAUCCAAAUUGUCAAGUACCAGCUCGUCAAGUUCCAGCAAAUCCGAUGAUGACAGCAAGAAGGAAGAAGAUACUGAUGAUAAUUGUGAAACAAUGUUAUUAUUGUGCUGUUGCUGUUGUUGUGCUUGCGGUACCAGUUAAUCUAGGUCAAGAUUAAACUGCAUUGUACGACGACUUGCAACUUAAAAAAUCCAAGCUAGAUAUUCCGGGGUGAGAAAACCGUCUUAGAAUGGUAACUUUUGUCAAUGUUGAGGUUCACAAUAGAUUUUGGGAAAAUUGACGAGCACAUUUAUAAUUGGGUAAAUAAUAAUAAUAAUUUGAACAUAUUUAAGGAUAUCCUCUUCAGUUAUUGGAACCUGCUAUCAAUGGGGGUUAUGUGCAAAAUAAAAU